UGCAAAUGAGCCAGAGGGCUUGGUGUAUUUAAACAGCGUGCUGAGUGUUGCUCUGGGAUGAGCUUCCCUUUCCAGCAACACACCAGCUAACUUAAAGCUCAUCAUUCACAGUUUGACAUCUUGCUUCAGAAUGGCAAAGAAAGUGUUGAUCGUGUAUGCCCACCAGAGCUCUGGCUCAUUUAACGCUGCAGCCAAAAAUGCUGCUGUGGAGGUUCUAACAGCUCAGGGCUGCACAGUAGCAGUAUCUGACCUAUACGCCAUGAAGUUUAAAGCCACUGCUACAGCUGAGGACAUCAAUGGAGAAGUCAAGAAUGUGGAUCAUUUCCGUUACGCAGAAGAGACCAAACUGGCGUGGGAGGAAGGAAAACUAUCUGCUGACCUCACCGAAGAGCAACACAAACUCACUGAGGCAGACCUCAUCAUCUUCCAGUUCCCCAUGUACUGGUUUACUGUUCCUGCGAUCAUGAAGGGCUGGAUGGAUCGGGUGCUCACACUGGGCUUUGCCUACUCACAAGAGAAGCGAUACAGCCAGGGAGUCUUCAAGGACAAGAUGGCCAUGCUGUCCUUCACCACUGGGUCUCAGGAGUCCAUGUUCAGUGCUGAUGGCAUUAAUGGAGACAUGAAUGUCACACUGUGGCCCCUGCAGAAUGGCAUCCUGCACUACUGUGGCUUCCAGGUUCUGGCUCCUCAGAUCUUCUGGGCCCCGUCUCAUGUUGCCCCUGAGGUGCGUGGCGCCAUGCUGGAGGGCUGGCGUACACGACUGCAAGGUCUCCUAGGCGAAAAACCACUUUCCUUUAUUCCCUUGGACUGCUUUGAUAAGGAGAAGGGUUACCAGCUGAAGCCAGAGGUCCACGAGAAGCAUGCUGCCAAGGAGUUUGGACUGACUGUGGGAAUCCACCUGGGAAAGGCACUACCACCUAACAACCAAAUUAAAGCUGGAGUCUAAAUGUCAAGCAAGUCUUUAUGUGGUGGAAAAUAAAGGCUGCAUGUACCUGCUGAUGUUUCUCAGCAGUUAUUUUUAGUUUAAGGUGCUGGCUCUGUGUUACACAGAACUUUUGAGCCUGUGUAUUUGAGGUUUUGCUUACUGGGAAUUUUACAACAUGGCAUUAAAAUGGCCUACAACUGUUUCCAGAGGUUAAUUCAUAGCAGUGGCCAACCUCCUGCCCCUUGUAUAUUUCAGUGCCCCCUAGA